AUGCGAGUAUUCCGCAGAAACUACAAGGUUCUAGCCUUGGAGUCGUCGUGUGACGACGCCUGUGUUGCCCUUCUUGAGAAGGAAAGUCCUCACAAACCUCCCCUAGUGAUUGACCAGUUCAAGAAGACUCUUCUGUCAGCAGAAAACGGCGGAAUAGUGCCCACUGCAGCCCACGACUUCCAUCAUGCCACCAUGGCACCCUUGGUUGACGAGUUUUGUCAAAAACACUCCCUUAACUUUGCAACUCCGCCUGAUUUGAUAUGCUGUACCCGAGGACCAGGCAUGACUGGAUCACUCAGCUCAAGCAUACAGUUGGCCAAGGGCCUCUCGAUGGCAUGGCAGGUUCCCGUGGUUGGUGUUCAUCACAUGUUGGGCCAUAUCUUGGUAUCACAGCUUCCAAAAACAAGCCAGCCGCUUCUCGAACCACCCCAGUAUCCAUUUCUAAGUUUACUCUGUAGCGGGGGCCAUACGAUGUUGGUGCUUCUGAAAUCCAUAGUGGACCACGAGAUUAUCAUAGACGUCAACGAUAUCGCUGCGGGAGACUCUUUGGACAAAUGUGCUCGAGAGUUAGGACUCUACGGGAACAUGUUGGGAAAAGAAUUGGAAAAGUACGUGGAUUCCAUCCCCUUGGACACUCGCAAGGAGUACCAUGAAAUCAAUACCAAGGUCAAAACCAACCCAUACAACCUCAAAUUGGGCCUUCCGUUCAAGGGUCCAAGGGACCCAAAGUAUCCAGACCCUAUUCACUUUUCAUUUGCAUCAUUCAAAAGCUCUAUACAAUCAUACAGGAAACAGCACCACGGCGAUCAACCCUUCGACGAAUCCACCAACCAAUUCUUGGCGUACAAAAUCCAAGAGACGAUCUUUGAUCAUAUAAUAGACCGUAUCAAUACCGCGUUCACCAUGCAUGGAUCAAAUACCGCCAUAUAUCCCGAAGCAGACUCCAAAUUUGUGGGAGUAAGGGAUCUAAUCUGUUCUGGGGGUGUUGCAGCAAAUAGCAGAUUAAGGCACAAAUUGAGUCAAGAGUUGAAAUUUAAUGAAUGUUUGGAAACCGAAGAUAAGCUAACAUUCCAUUUCCCCGAUUUGCUGCUUUGCACUGAUAAUGCUGUUAUGAUUGGAGUUGCAGGAAUAGAACUUUUUGAAAAGUUACGCAUCAAAACCGACUUGUCAAUGUUGGCAAUCAGGAGAUGGCCCCUAAAUGAAAUUAUGAAGGUAGAUGGUUGGACUGAGAUCAACGAAGCCGAAUUUAAGAGCAUUACGAGAUAUAGGUGA